ACAAAAGACUGGCUGAUGAGUUGUCCCGGAAGCAGGACAAGCAAUACUCUCUAGUCAUGGGUUGGAUUCGCUGCCGCCUAUCAUUCGCUAUACUCCGAUCUGCUAUCCUCUGCAUUCGAGGAAGUAGAUCCUCUCGCCACCGCCCAGUCAGUGAGCUCAACAUUGAACUUGCCGCUGCAGAGGGACAUGUUCCCUCUGAUAUGUAGUGUUUUUGUUUUGUUUUGUUUUUUUUAUUUUUUUUUGUUUGUUUGUUUUUUCUUUUUUUCUUUUUUUUUCUUUCUAGUAAACGUUAAAAAAAAAA